AGCUGGCACCACGAGCUGGCGCCAAAUUUCUUGAGCUACUUUGCACGCUCCAUUCCCACCUUUUUUAAUAGCAGUUGUGGGUCGAAGCCAAAGGUCACUUUUCGAUCUCCAACGCCAUGGGCAACACGACAUCGUAUGGCCUCGCCAUGAUCUCCCUUGGGGUCGCGAUGGCCGACACCUACGACGUCAUCGUCGUCGGGAGCGGCCCUGGCGGCCUCGUCGCCGCCGAGUACCUCAGCCGGAACGCAUCGCUCUCGGUGCUCGUCUUGGAGGCUGGUCUCCCAACCCUCGCGGCGUCUGGUGGCAACAACAUUCCGGGCUACGCCCAGUCCCAAGGCCUUACAGUCUUCGACAUUCCCGGUGAGUACACCAACAUUGCGUUCGGCGGCAACGCUGCGUACCGCUACGGGACCGACUGGGUCUCGUCGCCCACCGGUCUCUACCUUGGCAAGUGCGUCGGCGGCAGCUCGUCGCUCAACGGCAUGCUCUACUUUCGCACGCCUGACUCGUAUGUGACGGAAGCGAGCUGGCCCAACGACGUGGCGACCGUCAACGCUGGCUUCUCCGCGAUCGAAACCAUGUUUACCUUCGGCUACAACCCGUCGCCCGACGGUGUCCGCUACAACCAACAAGCGUACACCAUCAUGCGCGCUGUACUUGGCAAUGGCGGCGGGUACACCGAGACGCAAGCCAUCAACACCGACCGCAACGCCAAGAGCAAGAGCUACGGCCACCCGCCGUUCGCGAUCAAGAACGGUCUUCGCGACUCGCCGGCCAAGACAUUUCUCGGUGCGGCCAAGGCCCGGCCCAACUUCAAACUCAUUUCAUCGGCGACCGUCUCGUACAUCAUCCAGUCCAAGGGCACCGCGACGGGUGUCGUCUACACCGUCAACGGCCAGACCGUGACUGCGAGUCUGUCGGGCAAAAGCGCCGUCAUUGUAGCCGGUGGCGCAGCCAUGACGCCCAAGAUCCUCAUGCAGUCAGGCGUCGGGCCGUCGAGCCAGCUCAACGUGCUCAAGAGCCGAGGCAACGCUCCGGGUGUCAGUGGCGACGCGGCCAACUGGGUCGUCAACGAGAACGUCGGCGACAGCAUGUUUGACUCGCAGCAAUUGCUCAUGACGUUUUCGCGCAACGACAUGGUCUCCUUCUCAUACUCGCAGUCGCAAACGGCGGCGAUCACGCAGUACAUGACCCAAGGCCACAGCGGACCCUGGGCGAGUCCGGACCCGGUUCUGAUUGCGUACGAGAACUACAACUUUGGGGGUCGGGCGUACCAGUUCCAAGUGACCUCAUUCUCGCACGGCUUCAACUGGGGCAGCAACAACCCGACCGAGUUUGGCGUCGCCGUGUAUGUCAACAACCCGAUCUCGCGCGACAGCGCACGCUUCAGUGGCGACGGCGGCUACCAUCUCGACACGGCGCACAGCAUGUACAGCAACCCGACCGACCGGGCGGCCGUGGCCAACUACCUCGACAAGCUCCGCGGGUGGAUGAGCAGCCAAGGCGUGACGCAGGUCGUACCGAACGCUGGUGUCUCGUCGAUCGACUUUGUCAACGCCAACAUCCAAGGCGCCAACCACUACGGUGGUAGCUGCUACGCGUCUGGCGAUGGCUCGGACGCCAAGCGGUGUGCCGACGAAACGCUGCGGGUCGUUGGUGCCAAGAACAUUUAUGUCGGCGACGCCAGUUUGAUGAAGACGGGGACCGUCAACCCGUAUGGGUUUAUCAUGUACGCCGGGUACCAGACCGGCGUCAACGUCGCCAAGGCCAUCGCCUCUGGGUCGACACCCGUGACACCGACGCCGCCUGGCUCGUGCAGCAACCUCCAAAGCGAUCUCGACUACUUCGGCAACGACAUCAAGUCGACGUCGCGGGCGUCCGCGAACGACUGCUGCGGCGACUGUGCGGCGACAGCCGGCUGCGCCUUGUACGUGUGGACGGGCGACAACGGCGGGACGUGCUGGCUCAAGAGCGCUGCCGGCGCGCCGUCGUCCAAGCCCGGUGCCAAGUCGGGUUUCCGUGGCACCGUGACACCGACGCCACCUGGCUCGUGCACCAACCUCCAAAGCGAUCUCGACUACUUUGGCAACGACAUCAAGUCGACGCUGCGGACGUCGGCCAACGACUGCUGUGGCGACUGCGCGGCGACAGCCGGCUGCGUCUUAUACGUCUGGACAAAUUCGGCGGGCGGGACGUGCUGGCUCAAGAAUGCCGCUGGCGCCGUCUCGUCCAAGCCGGGGGCCAAGUCUGGUUUCCGGGACUCCGUGACGCCGACACCAACCGUCACGACGGCACCUCCGCUUGCAGCUUGCGGAGCGCCGCUUGCCAACACGGACUUUGAUGGCCAAGACGUUGGCAAUGUGCCGGGUGGGACGCCGGCAGUGUGCUGCGCCGCAUGCCAGAGCAACCCAGCAUGCAACGCGUACAGCAUUUGGAACAACAUUUGCUGGCUAAAGAGCGGCUCCAACGCACCGCGCUCGGCGCUGGGCGUCGUGGCGGCCACCGUCAACAAGUGCUCGGCGCUCGAGUCCAACGUCGACUACUCUGGCAACGACCUGAGUAACGCGCCGGCCGUCGCAGCAACAGGGUGCUGUGCGCUGUGCCGCAACACAUUGGGCUGCAAGGCCUUCUCGUGGUUCCAAAGCGUUUGCUACUUGAAGAGUGCCAAGGGCGCGUCCAUUGCCAAGGCGGGAGUCAUUUCGGCCGCGGUCCUUGCGUGAGUCUGUAGCUCGAUCCUCGUAUUAUAUUCUAUCAUCAAAUUCCUUGCAUAUCUGAGA